UGUGCAGUUCCUCUUUGUCUGCUGGGCACGAGGGCAGCGGCAUCUGCCUCCCCCUGCCCGUGCACCCCCCACCCCCAGCCCUUCACCGGUUUGGGAAAAGGAUGCCGUAGGCUAGCAUCCCCCCAAACACCCCACACCGAGACAUCCCCUCCAGCCCCCUCCCCAAGCACACCGGAGCGUGCCCUGGCCUCGCUCGCUCGCAAUCUCCCUCUCCUGAACCACACACACACUCUCACACACACGCGCGCACACACACUCACACCCUGGGCUGAGCUCCUCUCGCUGGCUGCAGCCGUGGGCCCCUGCUCACCGUGCCGCUGCUGCUGCCUGCGAAAUGACGGCGGUUCCCCUCACUUCCAGGAAUCCACGCUUCCUGGAAGGUGAGUGGCUGGGCUCACCCCUGCCUGCCACCCAGACGCAGACAUGCACACACCACCCGCACUCCCUCGCCGUUUCCAAGGCGGCGGCCGCGUUCGCACCCCAGGGUCUCACCGGCAAGGGAAGGAUAAUCUGGAGAGGGAUCCCUCAGGAGGGUGUGUUCCGGAUUUCUUGCCUCAGGCCCAAGACUCCAACCAUUUUAUAAUGGAAUCUUUGUUUUGUGAAAGUAGCGGGGACUCAUCUCUGGAGAAGGAGUUCCUUGGGGCCCCGGUGGGGCCCUCAGUGAGCACCCCCAACAGCCAACAUUCUUCUCCCAGCCGCUCACUCAGUGGUAAGUGCAACCUCCUAUGCUCCCCCAGUCCCGGGUCUCUAAAGAAGAGAGUAGAGGGGCUCAGUGUUACCGGUGAAAGGCCAUUCCACUGUAACCAGUGUGGCGCCUCCUUCACCCAGAAGGGGAACCUGCUUCGCCACAUCAAGCUGCAUUCAGGGGAGAAGCCCUUCAAAUGUCCCUUCUGCAACUAUGCCUGUCGAAGGCGGGACGCACUCACAGGCCACCUCCGCACACACUCAGUCUCCUCGCCCACAGUGGGAAAACCCUACAAAUGUAACUACUGCGGCCGAAGCUACAAACAGCAGAGCACCCUGGAGGAGCACAAGGAACGGUGCCACAACUACCUGCAGAGUCUCAGCACUGAAGCCCAAACUCUGGCCGGUCAGCCAGGUGAUGAAAUUCGUGACCUGGAGAUGGUGCCAGACUCCAUGCUGCACUCAUCCUCCGAGCGGCCAACGUUCAUUGAUCGUCUGGCCAACAGCCUCACCAAACGCAAGCGUUCCACCCCCCAGAAGUUCGUGGGUGAGAAGCAGAUGCGCUUCAGCCUCUCAGACCUCCCCUACGAUGUGAACUCGGGCGGUUAUGAGAAGGAUGUGGAGUUGGUGGCACACCAUGGUCUGGAGCCUAGCUUUGGGGGUUCUCUGGCCUUUGUGGGGGCAGAGCAUCUGCGUCCCCUCCGCCUCCCACCUACCAACUGCAUUUCAGAACUCACACCCGUCAUCAGCUCUGUCUACACACAGAUGCAGCCCCUCCCCAGCAGACUAGAGCUCUCAGGAUCCCGAGAAGCAGGUGAGGGGCCUGAGGACCUGGCUGACGGAGGUCCCCUUCUCUACCGAGCCCGGGGUCCCCUGACUGACCCCGGGGCCUCUCCCAGCAAUGGCUGCCAGGACUCCACAGACACAGAGAGCAACCACGAAGACCGGGUUGGUGGGGUGGUCUCCCUCCCUCAGGGUCCCCCACCCCAGCCUCCUCCCACCAUUGUGGUAGGGCGACCCAGUCCCGCCUACGCCAAAGAGGACCCCAAGCCACAGGAGGGGUUGCUGCGGGGCACCCCAGGGCCUUCCAAGGAAGUGCUUCGGGUGGUGGGUGAGAGUGGAGAGCCCGUAAAGGCCUUCAAGUGUGAGCACUGCCGUAUCCUCUUCCUGGACCAUGUCAUGUUCACCAUCCACAUGGGUUGCCAUGGCUUCAGAGACCCUUUUGAGUGCAACAUCUGUGGCUACCACAGCCAAGACCGGUACGAAUUCUCUUCCCACAUAGUCCGGGGGGAGCACAAAGUGGGCUAGUGACCUCCUGUCCUCCCCUCAGUCUGACACUCCACUGCCCUCCCACAGGAACCAUGCUCUGUCCCCACCCCAUCCCCAGUUGUACUUUGUAGCCCCACUGCUGGCUGGCUACCUGACUGCACACUUGACCCUGACCCUCCUCGGCUCUUUUCCUCCUCUGCCUGACUGAUCUACACAUUGUGAUGAAACAGGUCUCUUUGCUUACGUUUUUCCCUUUGUCCCAGCAUACUGAGUUACUUAUUAAUAUGAUGAGUUGCUUUUUUUUUUAAUCAGUCACUUGCCCUCCCACCCUUCUGCCCACAGUCCCCUUCACGUAAGGCCUCAUUCUUCUCUCUGUGAUUCUGCUUUCUUCAGCAGCUCCAGGGGCGAGAGGCUUCUCUUAAUACUAAGAGACCUUGAGCUUCUUGCUUUAAGUUCUACCUGAUCUGACUCUUCCGUUCUCAAUGCUAACAGUUCCCUCUGGCCCAUCCCAAGCUCUGUGGCAUUAUAUCUCCUCUCUGGGACCCUUCAACCUGGUACUGCAUACCUCUUGUGCCCUCUCACUUUAGGCAGCUUGCACUACUCUUGACUGAAUGAAGAAUUUCCUCAUUUAGAAGUAGGAGGGGCUGAAGAAAUUCUCCCCAGGAACCAUUGGACAGAGGGCCUUCUUGCUGGCUCACUGGUAAUCUGAGCCCUCCACCCCCAAAGUCCACACUCGGGAUCUCCCUCUAGGUAUGAUCUCUCCCUUUCCUCAAAUGUUCCCGACACUACUCUCCUCUUCGAUUUGCCAGUCCACUCAGUGGUGGUCUUCUCUCCUUGGACUGCCCCAUUUUUAUAUCCUCAGGGGCCAUCUCUAGGUCUGAAACCCUCUGUCUUGGACACAUUGGGAGCCAUCGGUGCCUAACUGGAAACCAGGGCAUGGGAAGGAGGUGGGUCUGGAUUCUUCUCUUUCUCUUCCACCGCUCAAACUUCUAGUAACUCUUCACCCUAGUGACCUUCCUAGCUUCUCGGGGGCUCCGGCGGUCCCCAUCCUGUAAGAUACUAACUAGUGGGCUGCUGCCUGAAUGACUAGGGGUAUUUUGACCCCUCAGUCAUGCUGCCUUCUUCUUACCCCCUCAGCAGGAUCCAGCCUCUCAUCCCUAGGCUCCUGGGCCCUGUUCUUAGCAGUAGUGGGGAGGAAAGGGUCUCCUUUUCUCUCUUCUCAUUCUUAAUAGAACCAAAAAUUAUCCCAGGAUGUGCAAGGGUAUGUGCCCCUCACCCCUGAUCCACUCUUGUUCUAGCAAGAGUGAUAUGGGAUGCAACUGAACUAGGGGGUCACCCUUUACUCAUUCCUUCUACACUCAGCUCCCAGACACAGGGCAGCAGGGGGCAUGCUCCUCCUGGCUCCUAGAGACCCCCCUGGCUACUUGGGGCCCCUAGGUUUCCAUCCAUUCGCAAGAAGGGGGCAGGAGGAGCCUCAGCUCCACUGCAGGUGGAGGGCUCGGUCUACACCAGUCCCCUGACUGAGGCCACAGCGAUCCCAUCCUCUGCUUCCUUGAGAUUCAAACCAAAGGCUGUUUUUCUAUAUUUAAAGGAAUAAACAAAAAGAAAGUAAAAACCAAACACAACACCUCACAAGUUAUAACACUUGGUCCUUUUCUCUCUCUCUCUAUCCCUCUUUCUUUCUAUAUAUCUUUUCCUUAUUGACUCUUUUGCCUCCUACUUUUCUCACUCCCUAUCAGGGAUAAUUGGGGGGGGGAUGAUAACGGGUUGGCUAAGGACAGACCAUGGGUUUAGGGCUCUUAGGAGCUCUUCAGAGAGUCUUACCUUACUCUUACGGGAAGGGAGGAGACCACAGAACAAGCAAACACGCUUCUUCCUCCUGGUUCUCCCCCACUACUUGGUCUCCUCAAGAGAACCAGAUUGUCAAGGAGUGGCGCUGGGAGUUGAUUGUUCCUCCUUGACAAUGUAGCAUAAUAAGCAGAUGCUAUCAGGGUUAGAGAAUGGGGGAGUCAGCUGAGAGGAGAAUAAUCUCCAGAGAAGAAGUGCAGCUUCUCAACAGAGGGGAACUGGCUGCUUAUUUCAGGAUGCCAGUCCACCUGAGAUUAACAUCAGAGCUUCUCCUUAACUGUUCUGGUUACUGAGCCCCUUCCUGUUAGCCCACCUCCUUCCACCUUUUCUGUGUCUGCUCUGUCUUUAGUGACACCUCAUAAGGACUAGUUCCUUCUGGGUAUCUGGGGUGCCCCUCCCACCCUACUCCCCAGUCAGCUUUGGCACCUGUAACCUAAAACAUGAAAGACUGUGCUCUGAGGCUGAACUCUGAGCCCGUGAUAGCAGAGACUGGAAGGCAAGACCAGGUGCUAAGGAGGGAGAGAAGUGCUCUCCUUCUCUCUCCAGACCAUCACUGCACUUUAACCAGGGUCUUAGGUACAAAAUCCUACUUUCCAGAGCCUUCUAGCUCUGGGACCUCAAACAUCCUCAUGCUCUCUCCCAGCUCCUUUUGCAUUAAAAAAAUAAAAUAAAAUAAAAAUACCUGAAACCCACAAGGAGAAAAGAGGUGUUUUCCUUUUAUACUGAUAUUCAGAAUCCACACCAUACAGAGAAAUUUCUAAAUAGACACUUUUCCAGAUCUUUUUUCUUUUUUUCAUGUCAUUGUCCAGGCUGCAGAAAGGAUUUUAUAAUACUUCUGGCAGCUUCUUUCCUUGUGUACAUAAUAUAUAUAUAGUAUAUAUAUUUUUAAUCAGAAGUUAUGAAGAACAAAAAAGAAAAAAAAAACACAGAAGCAAGUGCAAUACCACCUCUAUUCUCUCUUCCGCUCCCAGGGUUUCAUUUGUAGCCUAUGCUUGGUGUCUCCUUGGAACUUACCCUUUCAGCCCUCAUCCUCUGGUAUCCUGCCCCCCUCCCCCCUUUUUAAAAAAUUUUUUCUCCUCUCAAGGGGCGUUAAGCUAGCUUUUGAGACUUAUUGCAAAACAUUUUGUAUAUGUAAUAUAUUGUAAGUAAAUAUUUGUGUAAUGGAGAUAAACUACUGUAAGUUUUGUACUGUACUGGCUGAAGGUCUGUUAUAAAUAAACAUGAGUAAUUUAACACC